AUGGUAGAGGAAGAACAGUUGGCUUGGGACGAUUUCUGGGAGGAAUUUCUUCGUCAAUUCGCCGUUCAAGAAACAGAGGAGUUGGUUACCGAUUCUUCUGAAUCCUGGUUCUCGUAUCCUACAGAACAAGGUAACAAUUCAUUUCCCAGUUUUGAUGAAGAUUCUGAUGAUGAUUCUGCUAUAUUAGAUGGUGAUUUUGAAGAAUACGAUGAUGAUAUGUCUUUUCUUGAUACUUUUACUGUUGAAGAGAGUUAUAAUAGUGAAUGUGAAUCAGAUUAUGCCUGUGAGAAAUUGAAUGAUGGUGAAAGUGAAGAUCCUCCGUAUGGUUCUGAUUAUUUGAUUGAGAAGGAAGGCAGUAUUAAUAGCAUGUAUAGUGUUGAACUGAGAAAUCUGAUUAGGUCAUGGGAUAAACUGGCGACCUGUUUUAGUGGAGGAACCGUCUCUUCUGCUAAACGAAGACUUCAAUGUUGGCCUGAGCUAGUUUCUGGUUUUAAAGGUGGCACCACAAAAAAUGAAAGUAGUGCUAGAGUUAAGCUGUUAGUUGAUGAAUGGAGUUCGACUCUAGUUGAUGACCUUCGUGAAGUUGAAUUUGGUGCCCUGUUGGAUAAAGGAAGCUUGGUAACUGUGUUGAACGGAACUGGAAUGUUGCAAGAGAAUACAAAUAGGGCAUAUGUUUCCUGGCCAUUGGUUGCCACUAUUUUUAGAGGUGGAACGAUGCUUUUGAGAGUGAGGGUUUGGGUUCAGUUGGCUACGAGUUUCAGAGGGGGUACCCUAGUUGUCGAAGGCUACAGGACACACUUAAUAUCACUUGACCGGUCAUCUUUGGUUUGGAUGAUUGCUUGGCGAAGUAUAUCAGCGGGAAGUACUCUGUCUGAAUGUCUAUUCAGAUGCGGUGAUCAAGCUUUGGUGGCUGUUUCAGUUUCCAGGAAGAUCAACUUGCAGUUGCUGUUUUCAGAUUGGAUUGAUGCCAAGCAGUGA